GAAAGGCCCCUGGCCCCUGGGCCGCCUCCUGUCUUCUCCUCAGCCGGUCUGGCACGUGACGUGACCGAGCCAACCGCACCCACCUCUCUCCCAAACCCUAGCAAGCGUUUCUCCUCUCCCCGAAGCUUCCAGAAGCGGCGCGCAUGGAGUCCUCCGCCUCCGGUGACGGCGCCUCUGCCAUGACGGCUGCUGUUGCUGCGGCAGCAGCGGUGGCGUCGUCCUCAUCGGGCCCCUCCACCUCUGCCUCCGCCUUCUCCGCCGGUGUCUCGGGUGGGGCAAGCGCCACCCACUACCUCGCCAAACGCGUGCUCCAUGGCAGCGCCGUGCAGCACGUCGCCCGGGGCCACUUCCGCUCGGAGCACCUUUGGGAGANNNCAUUGCUACAGGGAACUUCACUUGAAUUAGUUGUGGUUGGUGAGGAUGGUGUUUUACAGUCAAUCUGCGAGCAAAGUACAUUUGGGAUUGUAAAAGAUGUUGGUGUCUUGGACUGGCGCUUUAAACACUUCGGUAUCUGGCCUGAGAUUGAAGGGAAAGAAAUUCUGGUUCUACUCUCUGAUUCUGGAAAGCUUUCUCUUCUUUACUUCUGUUGUCAGAUGCAGAGGUUUAUUCCAAUUGGAAAUAUCGAGUUAUCUAAACCAGGAAAUAUGAGGGAUCAACUGGGAAGAAUUUUGGCUAUAGACCACGACUCUGCUUGGGUUGCUAUUAGUGCGUACGAGGAUGCAUUUGCUGUUGUGCGUGUUGGAAGGACUCAGCAUGUUUAUGGUCCAAAUGAAGAAAUUGUAGAGAAGGCAAAAAUCGUGCAUGCUGUAUAUAAGACCAGUGAUAUCCGCGGUACGGUUUGGAGCAUGUGCUUCAUGAGGACUCGCUGCUCGAUGGAUGAAUAUUACCCAGUUGUAGCAAUGAUAAUUAACAGGAAGGGCUCUGAUGCGAAUGACUUGUCAAUGUAUGCACUAGCUGCCAAUGAUGGUGGCAUCCAGUACCUAUCUGGUUACUCAGAACCUGGACCUUUGGCGCUUGAGAUCGCAGAAAUUCCUCAGCUGGAUGGCUUUGGACUUCUAUUUCGUGCUGGUGAUAUUCUAAUUGUGGAUCUUAGGGACCCAAAGGACAUCUGUUGUACCAUUAGAAUAAGCAUGACAGGAAGUCUGGUUGGAGAACAAAUCAGUGUUGAAGAUUCAUGUCGAGGAUUAGAUGUUGAUGACGAUGUUGCUGCUUGUGCUUUGCUAGAACUGAGAGAUUCUGGAAAUAACAUAAUGAUGGAUGACAGUUACAUGGCUAUUGACGGUGCUGAUAACCCAGGAAGCAUGAAAUCAAGGGUUAUUUGCUCAUGGAGCUGGGAGCCGGAUGCCAUGCGAGGACAACCGAGGCUGAUCUUUUGCUUGGAUGAUGGAGAAUUUCAUAUUCUGGAAUUUAAUUGGGAUACGGAAGGAUUGAAGGUAUUGCCUGAGCGUGUCCAUAGGGGUUUGCCUUGUAAACCUCUUUUAUGGAUGGACAGAGGAAUGAUAGCAGGGUUUGUAGAGAUGGGAGAUGGAAUGAUCCUUCAUCUUGAACAUGGUAGACUGGUGCAUAAAAGUACAGUUCAGAAUGUAGGACCAAUAUUAGAUUUAGCAAUUGCUGACUACCAUGGUGAGAAGCAGGAUCAGUUGUUUUCAUGUUGUGGAAUGUGCCCGGAGGGAUCAUUGCGUGUUAUAAGGAAUGGUGUUAAUGUGGAGAAACUUCUGAGGACUGAACCUAUUUAUCAGGGUGUUACUGGUUUGUGGACGUUGAGAAUGAAGAGAACUGAUACAUAUCACUCUUUUCUUGUAUUGGCAUUUGUUGAGGAAACAAGAAUACUAUCAGUAGGACUGAGUUUUAAUGACAUCAGUGAUGCUGUGGGAUUUCAGCCUGAGGUUUGCACUUUGGCAUGUGGUUUAAUAGCUGAUGGUUUACUUGUGCAAAUUCACAGCAAAGGCGUAAAGCUUUGUUUGCCUACAUCAUAUGCUCACCCUGAGGGCGCCACCUUAACUUCUCCAGUUUGUGUUGACUGGUAUCCUGAUGUCACUAUCAGUGUUGGUGCUGUUGGACAUGAUGUUGUUGCUGUCGCUACAUCAAAUCCUUGUUGCCUAUAUAUUCUCAGGGUCAGACCAUUAUCUUCACUCCAGUACGAGUUGUAUGAGACACAGCAUGUCCAAUUGCAAUAUGAAGUAUCUUGCAUAUCCAUUCCGGAGGAGGACUCGAGACUUAGAACGUCAUCUUCUGCUUUUGGUGGUGAUUUUAGGAAGAGAAAAGGGAAUAAUUCUGCUGCUGAAGUUGAUGUUCGCAUGUUUGCUGUCAUUGGAACUCAUAAACCUUCUGUGGAAGUCAUCUCAUUGGAACCUGAUGAAGCAUUUAGGCUGCUCUCUAUUGGGUCUAUAUCAGUGAACAAUGCGCUCGGUGCUCCAGUUAGUGGCUGUAUACCUGAAAAUGUUCGGUUUGUAGCAUCUGAGAGGUUCUACAUUCUCGCAGGUCUAAGAAAUGGCAUGCUACUCAGGUUUGAGUCAGGAACAAGCAAAGACCAGUAUCUCCCUGUUUCCUUUUACAAGGAGUCUUUUGCACCUUCUCUUAAUACUCUCCUUCAGUUGGUUGCUAUAAGGCAUAUUGGAAUUACCCCUGUAGGCUUGGUACCAUUGCGUGAUUCAGCUAAUUCUGAUAUUAUUGUUCUCAGUGAUAGGUCUUGGCUAUUAUAUGCUAGUAGACACAGCUUGGCAUAUUCAUCCAUCUCAUUUCUGCCUGCGUCCCAUGUGACUCCAGUAUCUUCUGUGGAUUGCCCCAGCGGUCUGCUAUUUGUUGCAGAGAACUGUUUACAUUUGGUUGAAAUGGUUCAUGGCAAAAGAUUAAAUGCACAAAAGUUUUCAGUUGGAGGGACUCCAAGGAAAGUGCUAUACCACAGCGAUAGUAGAACACUGUUGGUUAUGAGAACUGGUUUAACUGGUGCAUCAUGUUCUUCAGAUAUUGUCCAAAUAGAUCCUAAUAAUGGGAUCUUGCUUUCCCGAUUCAAGUGUGAACUUGGUGAAACUGCAAAAUGCAUCCAGAUUGUGAAAAUAGGAAGUGAGCAAGUGUUAAUUGUUGGGACAAGUAAAUCUACUGACCGGCCGAUGAUGCCAAAUGGCGAAGCAGAAAGUAUCAAAGGACGCCUAAUUGUUCUAAGCUUGGAUACUCUUGGAAGUCCUCAUGAGUGCAGUUCAUUUAUUCCGACUUCUAAUUUGAGUUCCUCUUCUCAUACGGGCUCAUUCCCUGAAAUUGUUGGAUAUGCAAAUGAAGAAUUCUCUAGCAACAGCAUGUGCAGCAGUCCUGAUGAUAUUUGCUACAAUCAGAUUCAAUUUGAACAAAUAGCAGGACACCUGAGAUCACUGACUCAUGUUACCUUCACUGGUGCAGUUCUUGCUGUAUAUCCAUAUCUAGACCGAUAUGUGUUGGCAGCAGCUGGUAAUACGCUUUCUGUAUUUGGUUUUGUGAAUGAAAAUCCUCAUCGUAUGAAGAAGUAUGCCGUGAGCAGAACACGAUUUACUAUUACUUGUUUGAAGACAUAUGCAUCACAGAUUGCAGCGGGUGAUUGUCGUGAUGGUGUUCUCUUCUAUUCUUAUCACGAGAAUCUUAGGAAGUUGGAACUUGUUUAUGCUGAUCCUGCUCAACGAUUGGUGGGUGAUGUUGUCCUCUUAGACUGUGAAACUGCUGUUGUGUCAGAUCGUCGUGGUAGCAUAUCUGUAUUAUCCUGCCCUGGACUGGAAGUUUCUGAAAGUCCAGAAAAGAACUUAGCUGUACAAUGUUCAUUUUUUAUGGGCGAAAUAGCUAUGAGCAUCCAGAAGGCUGCAUUUAAGUAUCGGCUCCCUAUUGGUGAUGAGGCAGACCCAGUGUUGGAAUCAGCUUAUAACUGCGUUGUGGCGAGUACUUUGCUGGGGAGUGUUUUUGUUAUGAUUCCGCUCACCAGUGAGGAGCAUCAACUGUUGCAAGAUGUCCAAGAAAGACUUUCACUUCACCCGUUGACUGCUCCAAUCAUGGGAAAUGACCAUGCAGAGUUUCGUCGACGUGGUAUCCCGUCGGGAGUGCCUUCAAUUCUGGAUGGUGACAUGCUGGUGCAAUUCUUAGAGCUCACCAGUGAGCAACAGCAAACUGUACUUGACGAUGGGUCUUCAGUAAAGGCACCACGCAGGUCUAUCUCAGUUUUCCAGGUCAUGCGAAUGUUGGAGCGGGUCCACUAUGCGCUGAACUGAGGUUUUCUGCAACCAACUUGGUUCACUCAUACCGCUGGUGGCUUGGUACUGCAGAUAAUACCCUGCCGUGACCUGCAGAUAAUACCGCCGGACCAAGGUCGUACACAUUUGGUGCUGAGGUGAUGUUAAGAGUGUAAUAGUCAAUACCCUGCCGUGACGUGCGUCUCCCUAUUUAUAAUACUCCCUCCGUCUGAAAAUACUUGUCGCGGAAAUGGAUAUAGAUGGAUGCAUCUAAAACUAAAAUGCGUCUAGAUACAUCCAUUCCUCCGACAAGUAUUUCCGGACGGAGGGAGUACUAUAUAGACGUUGUAAAGUACCGAAGUCUUUUUGUACAUAAAAUUUGGCAAAAGAACAUCCUCAGAAUUGACGAACGUUGAGACAUCCUGAAUAGAAGUGUUCUUAAGCAA